AUGUCUGCUUCUAGCACUGGUAACUUCCACAAGAAGGAUCUGGCCAUAGUCGAGGAAACGGCGAAGGCUGACGCUGAGGAGGCCCAAAUGGGCGCCGAGGCAGCAGCCCUCCAUACUCGACUGGCCCUGGAGCACGCCAAAGACUACAACGAUCUCUGUGACCUUCUGUCUGUGAGGGCUGAAGCUGGCUCUGCGGCCGCCACUACGGCUAUCGGCAACGGUAGUCGUAAGGAGGAGGUUCGCAUCAGCUUGCAGAUGCCCGAACGGUAUAACGGUACGACUGACUUUAGUGCUUGGUUACGUCGGUACGAGAACACUGCCAACGCCGCCGGUGGAGCUCUG